UGUGAAGGAUUGGAAACCUCGUGUUUUCUCGCGAUACGUGACUGACGACUGCUGCAGAAUUCAAACUAGCCGUUUUGAAAGUUCCCGAGCAAGAAAGCGGUUGGGGGUAGUACAUUCUUCAGAUAUAAUAUUGCUAUCGCCAACUUUAAAUCCAAAGAUGUCAGAUCUAGAGGAUGAGAUUAAAGUGUUGCGGCGGAAGGUGCAGGAAGGAGAAGAGGCACUUCAGAGGGCUGGACAGUAUGGACUUCAACUCUUGGAUGACAAAAUGGAUCUGCACAACAAAUUGGAGGAACAACGAAUCGAGAUGUCCAAUGUCAUUGAGGCCCUGGAACAAGAGAAAUACUCUUUACAAAGGGAUGUUGAGCUAAAGGCCCGCAUGCUGGAGAGUCUGCGAUCAGAAUUUGAUCUCGUCAGAAACCAACAGAAACAUCAAAUGGAGCAGCAACAAACUCUGCUGGAGAGGAGCCAUGCUCUUGAGCUCAGUGAUUUCAAGAAUAAGUUGGAAAAAAUGAAGACAGAUUUAGAGGAGGCUCAACUUGCUGAGAAGCAGAUGAGACACAAGCUGGACCAGCAGUCUGAAGCACUAAACAGCAAAACCGAAGAACUUCGUGUCCUUACAGAACGUGCACAUGAAACAAUGUCCUCCGAGAUCCUUGAGCUGCAAAUGCAGAAGAUGGAUAUGGAAUCAGCAAUGGCGACUUUGGAGCAGGAGCUUCAGGAGGCACGAUACAAAGAAGAGCAACUACAUUUGGCCAACACCACCCUCCAGAGACAACUAGAGAGACUCACGGAAGAGAAGGAAGAGAGAGAGAGAGAGGCAGUGUCCUGCUACAAUUCUUUGGAGAAAGCUCGUGAAGCCAACCAAGACCUUCAAAUCCAGCUGGAACAGGUGUUGCAGCAGGCACAAGAUCCAAACAGCAAAGGCAAUUCUUUAUUUUCUGAGGUAGAGGACAAGAGAGCAGAGAUGGAGCGGCAACUGAAAAGCAUGAAACGACAGCAUGAGUCUCUACAAAAGCAGCAUGCUCUCACCAAGCAACAUAUGCACCGCAUGAAGAUGCAGAUAGCCACCCUUAUGCAGCUCCAGGGCAACAGGGCUGACCCAGCACAGCUUGAACGACUGCAAUUCAUGUUAUCUGACAAAAACAAUGAGAUAGAAAGCUUGAUGAUGAAAGUAAGAGAGCUGGAGAAAGCGAAGAUGACUGUAAAAGACCAGCAUCCACCUGCCCCCUCUAAAGAAGGCGAGGUUAUGGAUGAGACUUAUUACACAGACCUAUUAAAAAUGCAACUUUCAAAUUCAAAGAAAGAUGCAGAGAAACUGAAGGAUGAGUUGUCCAUGGCAAGAAUGAAGGCUCUCUCUGAAAGUCAGAGAGUGUUGGAGUUGGAGAGGAAACUUUAUGGCACAGAGCAAGCACUAAAACAAAGACACAGUGACAAUAUGAGGCUCCAAGUCAAGCUUGAAGAACUAAAGAUGAAAUAUAUACCUAACGAGGUGAACAAAGUACAAGUACAGAAACGCCGCCGGGAGAAGUUUCCUGUAGCUGUUCCAGAGGAAAAAUCAGCACCUAGCAAAGAGGAAACUGCAACCAUGGACACUGAGCCAAGCAAGGGCUCUAGUACAGAGGAAAAAACCCUCAGUCAUCCUGUUGAGAAGCCGGUUGUGAUCCCCUUGCAUUCUGCACAACCCACAGAACCCAACCCUGUCAUGUCCCGUGAAAGCAAGUCUGUCCGAAUCUGUGAGGAUCCCCCAGUCUGCAUUCCUGAUGUGCCCAGGUCUCCUGUAAGUGACUCCAAUAGCAAGAAUGAGGAUCAAACUCAUCAAAGCAGCGAAGAGGAGGAGAACUGGAGAACUGAAAGGAAGAGGAUAAAGUACCAACAGCCCACUCAUGUUAACUCAGAAAAAACUAUGGCAAACGAGUGUGCUCAACAGUAGUUUGGCUAUUGUAAAAUGUGAAUCCUUUAUCAAUAUUUGUCAUACUUAAAAAAACAAAAACAAGAUAUUGUGUAUGAAUUUUACAGGUGUAUAAUUUACAUCAUUAUUUGAUUUGUGGCUUGUCCUGCCUAUGCACCUGAUUUGUAAAACAGUUUACCUUUUUUUACAUGUGUUA